AGGCCAUGAUGGAGGAGCACCAGCCUCUUAUAUCACAAGGUGCCGUCCUGUAAUGUGCUAUGGAUUCCACAACUGGCCUUCUAGGUCUUCCACCCUGGAGCUGUGGACUUCAUCUUCCUGCAGUGGGUCAGAAUCUAAGAAAUUCCAAGUAAGAAUUCCGAGGAUAACGCCAUGUUGUUACGAAAUUAUAAAGUAGAAGACAAAGAUAUAAUGCAGCACUCUUCAGGAGAAAAACUUAAUUUACAUGUAGGACUUCACAGUACAGAAUUAUUAUAUAAUGAGAAAUCUUUUCCUGAACAAUCGCACGUUGUUAUCACAGGUACAGCUCAGAAAGGGGGUAAAAGACUUCAGUGUGGUAAACGGUUCACAAAAAGCUUGGACCUUUCUACACAAAGAAGAACUCACACAGAGGAUAAGCUAUACUCUUGUUCAGAAUGUGGAAAUACUUUUAUACAAAAAUCAGAUCUUGUUAACCAUGAGAGAAGUCACACAGGAGAGAAACCAUAUUCAUGUUCAGAAUGUGAGAAAUGUUUUACACAAAAAUCUGAUCUUGUUAAACAUCAAAGAUUUCACACAGGAGAGAAUCCAUAUUCAUGUUCAGAAUGUGGGAAACGUUUUACACAUAAAUCAGCCUUUUAUAAUCAUCAAAGAUUUCACACAGGAGACAAACCAUAUUUAUGUUUAGAAUGUGGGAAAUGUUUUACACGGAGCACAAAUCUUAUUGCACAUGAGAGAAUUCACACAGGAGAGAAGCCAUAUUCAUGUUCAGAAUGUGGGAGAUGUUUUACAAAUAAAUCAGAUCUUGUUAAACAUCAUAGAUAUCACACAGGAGACAAACCACAUUCAUGUUCAGAAUGUGGGAAAUGUUAUACACGGAAAUCACAACUUAUUGUGCAUGAGAGAACUCACACAGGAGAGAAGCCAUAUUUAUGUUCAGAAUGUGGGAAAUGUUUUACAAAUAAACCAGCUCUUAUUAUGCAUAAUAGAAUUCACACAGGAGACAAACCAUAUUCAUGUUCAGAAUGUGGGAAAUGUUUUACACGAAAAUCACAUCUUGAUGCACAUCAGAGAAGCCACACAGGAGACAAACCAUAUUAGUGUUAAGAAUGUGGGAAAUGUUUUACAAAUAAAUCACAUCUGUCGAAUGGGAGAUGUCGUUAGAUCACUUUAAGUUCAGCUCUCAUUGAAAUGGCCUUCCUGAGACGUAAUUAAUAGAGAAAUAAAGGUACUGCAACUAUCUCUCUGCUGGAUCAAGUAAAGGGGGGAUUGGUUAGAUGUUAUACUAUAAUCUAACAUUAAUUCUGCAAUGUCCUGUAUCCUUAUAAUAACAUAUAUCUGUUUUUCUUUUCUGUACUACGAUGCUUUCAUGUUAAUAUGGAGACACUCUCAUUAUAUUGGAGAGACUCUGAUGUAUGGACUGACAAGAUAUUUGU